GGCUAGCAUGUUUGCUUUGCUUUAUAGGCAGGCGUUCGAUUUUCGAUAAGAUAACUCGAAUCCACCACGGAACAACAAAAUUUACAGCAGGCGACGAACCAUCGGUGUGGCCCACGCGUUGACAGAGACAGUGUUGGAUCGGUACCCAUGCCGGCCAGCGGGCAGAAGUAGACUCAAAAUUCGGAAUCCCUGUGUGGUUAGCCUGUAGUUCCCUCCCCCACCAUGAGUUCGAUUGUCGGCGAGGAGUCGGCGGGCAUCGUCGAGCAGCUGAAACAAUCUGUGGAGGCCAUUGUGGCCAAGACAGGACCCAGCAGCAAAUUCGCACAGGAUCUGGUUAAGAAGAUCGGCGAUAUGCAGAACAAAUUGGAGUCCCUCACCGAGGACGAUCGCCGUCUGUUUCUUGCGGAAAUGAAGGGCAAAUUCCAGGAGACCAUUGAACGAAUCGAGCAAAGACUGACGCAGCACGCAAACAUCGCUCAGACAUACUCUAGUUCCAUUGUGGCGGCUGUGAUAUUUCUCCUCAUCUCAAUAAUUGCUCUCUUUGGCUACAAGCUGUACAAGUCGCUGACGGAGAAGGAGCUCAAGAAGCAGGAGAAAUUGAAGACCAAGCAGCAGAAGAAGGCAAAGAAGUCGAACUGAGUGUGGCUCUGGAUCCCCCUCACCUGGCCACACACACGCACACACUCACACAUAACAUAUACAUGUGUAGAUUCUUCCGGAAAUAUAUCCUUUUCCAUCUGUUAAUCAAUAUAUAAAGAGUCCCGGCCCCCCGCUCCCUGUAAAUGCAAACAAAUUAUCGCGUACCAGUAAACGUAAUAAAUUAAUUAUUACCACAUA